UAACCACACGCUGCCUCCCUCCUGUUACUUCACUGCAGCACUCGGCAACAGCAGCACUGGGCAACAGCAGCACCACUUAGCGGGAGACACACAGUAACCCGGCUUUUCCCCUCCUCUCUCUCUCUCUCUCUCUCUCUCUCUCUCUCUCUCUCUCUCUCUCUCUCUCUCUCUCUCUCUUUCUCUCUCUUUCUCUUUCUCUCUCUCUUUCUCUCUCUCUCUCUCUCUCUCUGUGUGCGUACUCAGCAGAGCUCUCCUCUCUCUCACUCCUGCGGCGUAUUACAGUUUUGGUUUAAGUGGACACCGGCUCGCUCCUCGCCCACUGCCUCUGCAUGACUGUCACAAAGAUGUCAUGGCGUCCGACAUACCGAAGCUCCAAGUUUCGAAACGUCUAUGGCAAAGUGGCCAACCGAGAGCACUGCUUUGACGGCAUUCCCAUCACCAAGAACGUCCAUGACAACCACUUCUGUGCCGUCAAUGCCAAGUUCCUGGCCAUCGUCACGGAGAGUGCCGGUGGAGGGUCCUUUAUCGUUAUCCCUGUCUCCCAGGCCGGCCGCAUCGACCCCCACCACCCCAAAGUGUGUGGCCACCAAGGCAAUGUCCUGGACAUCAAAUGGAAUCCCUUCUUUGAAAACAUCAUAGCUUCCUGCUCUGAAGAUUCCUCUGUACGAGUAUGGGAGAUCCCAGAGGGAGGGCUGAGGCGAAAUAUGACAGAGGCCAUGAUGGAGCUGUAUGGACACAGCAGGCGUGUGGGCCUCAUCGAGUGGCACCCCACCAGCAGUGGAAUCCUCUUCAGCGCUGGCUAUGACUAUAAGAUCCUGAUCUGGAACCUGGAGAUAGGUGAGCCGGUGAAGAUGAUCGACUGUCACUCUGACGUCAUCGUGUGUAUGUCCUUCAACACAGACGGCAGCCUGCUGGCCACCAGCUGUAAGGACAAGAAGCUGCGUGUCAUCGAGCCCCGCUCCGGGAGAGUCUUACAGCACGCCAGCUGUAAGAACCACAGGGUGAACAGAGUGGUGUUCCUGGGCAACAUGAAGCGGCUGCUGACAACAGGUGUGUCCCGGUGGAACACCAGACAGAUUGCACUGUGGGAUCAGGAGGACCUGUCUAUGCCCAUGGUAGAAGAGGAGAUAGACGGUCUCUCAGGGCUGCUGUUUCCUUUCUAUGAUGCAGACACACACAUGCUGUACCUGGCAGGAAAGGGCGAUGGCAACAUCCGUUACUAUGAGAUCACCACAGAGAAGCCCUGCCUGCAGUAUCUCAUGGAGUUCCGCUCCCCUGCCCCACAGAAAGGCCUUGGUGUGAUGCCUAAACAUGGGCUGGACGUAACGGCCUGCGAGGUGUUUCGCUUCUACAAGCUGGUGACGCUGAAGGGGCUGAUCGAGCCCAUCUCCAUGAUAGUACCAAGAAGGUCAGAGACGUACCAGGAGGACAUCUAUCCAAUGACGGCAGGGACCGAGCCUGCCCUCUCAGCCAAUGACUGGUUGAGUGGUAUCAACCGAGACCCAGUGUUAAUGUCCCUGAAGAAGGGCUACCAGAAGCCCAACCAGCUGGUGUUCAAGGCACCGGUGAAGGAAAAGAAAGGUGUGGUGGUCAACGGCAUUGACCUGCUGGAAAAUGUGCCACCCAGGACAGAGAACGAGCUACUGAGGAUGUUCUUCAGGCAGCAGGAGGAGCUGAGAAAGCUGAAGGAGGAGCUGAACACCAAGGACGUUAAAAUACGCCAGCUGGAGCUGGAACUCAACAACCUGAGGAACGUCAGCCCCGUUGGAAACAAUGUCUGACCUCUGAUCUCUAGCUUAUGGCACCACCACCACCACGCCACGUCCAGCGUCCUCCCUCCCUUUCAUCGUGUAUCAUUUGUACUUCCUGUUGCAAUUGAUAAUGUAAUAGCCACCGGAUAAUGUAAAUACUGAUUAUAACGUUUGUGUAACAGUUUUUGUUAUCGAUAAUGUAAUCAUAUUGACAUCACUGUUAAAUCCCUCAAUUGAUAACAUAAUAACCAACUGAUAAUAUAA